AUGGACGGGGUUGAAAUCACCAAAGCCGUUAUCAAUAAGGGAAAGCAGAUGGCUAGUGUCGCUGCGGCCGCUGCUAAUGGCAAUGGCGGUAAGAAGAGAAGAAAAGGGACCGACUUAAAGCCGAUCGUCACCAACGAACCCGGUGCGCCUGUCGACCAAGCGACUACCACUACUGAGGGGAAUCCCGCAUACGGCGCCCCGCCAUCGCGCUCAUCCUCCUCAUCCUCCGGCGCCGGCGAAGAACUGGAGACCACCGCUGAGGAGGAAGACUCGGAAGAUUACUGCAAGGGUGGUUACCACCCGGUCAGCGUCGGAGAAACCUACAACAAUGGUCGAUACGUGGUCGUGCGCAAGCUCGGGUGGGGUCACUUUUCGACGGUCUGGCUGUCCCGCGACACGACGACCGGCAAGCACGUCGCCCUGAAGGUCGUUCGCUCCGCCGCUCAUUAUACCGAAACCGCCAUCGACGAGAUCAAGCUGCUGAAUCGCAUCGUCCAAGCGAAGCCAUCCCACCCGGGUCGCAAACAUGUGGUCAGUCUGCUCGACUCGUUCGAGCACAAGGGUCCCAACGGUGUCCACGUCUGCAUGGUAUUUGAAGUGCUGGGAGAAAAUUUGCUUGGAUUGAUAAAGCGAUGGAAUCAUCGCGGCAUUCCUAUGCCGCUUGUCAAACAGAUUACGAAGCAAGUGCUGCUGGGUCUGGAUUACUUGCACCGGGAAUGUGGAAUCAUUCAUACCGAUCUGAAGCCGGAGAACGUGCUGAUCGAGAUCGGCGACGUGGAGCAGAUCGUGAAAACAUACGUCAAGGAGGAGGCCAAGAAGGAGCAGAAGGAGGACAACCGCAACGGCCGGCGGCGGCGCCGCACCUUGAUCACCGGAAGCCAACCGCUGCCCAGUCCCCUCAACACGAGUUUCGAGUUUAAACACAGUUCACAAAAUUCCCACAGCAGUCUCAGCCAGAUGGUGAACGACUCGUCAGUGACAGAGGCUAAUUCGGGGGCUGCGUCCAUGAAAGAGUUAUUAGGCAUCAAGGAUGAAGAUGAGAAACAGAAACAAAGAGAAAAGACUGCCGAUCUCUUGGAACGAGAAGUAUCGGGCAUCUCGCUCGACAAGUCUUCCACCCCGAGUGAGGAGCUGGAUUGCGAUAUUAUUUCCGUGAAGAUUGCCGAUUUGGGCAAUGCGUGCUGGGUUGGGCAUCAUUUCACGAACGACAUCCAGACGCGACAAUACCGUUCGCCGGAAGUCAUUCUAGGAUCCAAGUGGGGAGCUAGUACGGACAUUUGGAGUAUGGCAUGCAUGGUCUUCGAAUUAAUCACAGGCGACUACUUGUUUGACCCGCAAUCAGGCACGAAGUACGGCAAGGAUGACGACCACAUCGCACAGAUUAUCGAGCUGUUGGGCCCGUUCCCUAAGUCUCUCUGCCUCUCAGGGAAGUGGUCCCAGGAGAUCUUCAACCGCAAGGGAGAGUUGCGCAACAUCCACCGCUUGCGCCACUGGGCACUCCCUGACGUGCUACGGGAGAAGUAUCACUUCAGCGUGGAGGAGAGCAUGCGCAUCAGCGAGUUCCUCCUUCCGAUGCUCGAAGUUUCUCCCGAAAGACGAGCCAACGCUGGCGGUAUGGCUGCCCAUGAAUGGAUGAAGGACACGCUCGGCAUGGAGGCGGUAGACCUGGGCGUUUCCCCUGGGAGUCGAGGCGAGGGGAUUGACGGAUGGGCGACCGAGGUUAAACGGAGAUAAAGGCAAGAGGAAAAGACCCACGAAAAGCGAGUUAGGAAUGAGAGAGGACCCGUGAUAUCUGUGUGCAUCACGGAGUCAGGCGACGAGUUUCCUUUGGUAUGA